CUACUAAAUAUGACAGUUGAAUUGGUUCUUUUUGCUUUGUGGGUCGUGGACGGUGCUUACUAAAGCAUUAUUAUUUAGUUGUAUUACAUUUUCUUUCUCAUGUUAUCCAGAAAAAUUGCGACUUGGUGGUUUUCAAAUAAAGAAUACCUGGCAAAGGCUUUGAAAGAAAUAGUAGACCAGGCCUUUAGUCCAGCUCCUGGCGCAGCUUCUGCAACACGAACUCGUAGGAGAAUGACAGUUGACGAGGCUUCUGACUUGUUUGGUGUUCAGAAAAACGCUAGUUUGAAGGAAAUUAUUGAGAGAAGUGACCAAUUGUACAAGCUGAAUGACCCAAGCAAAGGUGGUAGUAAGUAUUUGCAAGCAAAAGUAUUGAGUGCACGCUUGGUUCUUGAAGAUGAAGCACGUAAAAGAGGUGAAACGUUACCUGAGGAACGGAAUAAUACUCAGUAUCACUCUUCUUGACGUUGAAGUGCAUGAUAGUAAAAGUUGGAUUCCAAAACUGGUUUGUCUUGAGAAUAACUAUCUUGAUGGGACAAGGUACGCCUGGUAUGGAUAGACAGAGUUGUAACUUCACUUGCUGAGAAAGAAUAUAAAUAGUAUUAUAGUAAGACACGAGUAAAUUUUAUUUUGCUAUUGAAGUUUUGACAGUUCUUUUGUUACAAUUUUUGUUUGAAA